AUGGUCGAUGCUGCGAGCGUUGCGAGCCAUCUUUUCAGAGUCAAGACGAGUGGAGGUGAGAGAAUGAGACAGGCGGAAAGAGGACGAAGAGAGUUGGGCAGCAGGCUUUCGGUGUGGAAAGAGGUGAAAUGGGAGAAAGAUCACGUCCCCACUGCUCUGCCCAUCGCCUGCGUCUGUGCCGGUGUGUAG